AUGGCGUACUCAGAGUUGGCCUCCAUCGAACUCGGUUUUUUAAGAACGAGCUUCAAGAGCCCUCCACUUACAUCAAACCCGAAUCGGGGGAUUCGGGUGUGCAAAAUCAAUAUCACAAGCGCCGGGUCUUUAGAUGUUUCUCAUUGCGCACUCUCGGCCCCGGAAAGCCUAGAAUCACAUCCAGAUGUGACUACUCAAAUAUUUGUUAUCGAAGGCAGCGAGCGCGAGGACCUAAAACUUGCUUUGGGGCCCUGGACUCAACUUGAUAAGGAACUUUGGCAUCCUUUUCUCACCGCCCAUUGUAGCAAAGGCGAAGAUAUGAUUCAAGCGCUCGAGCGAGAGAAUGAAAAUGUGUUUUCUCUGGACUGGAAGAGAUUGGUGGCUCAGUCGAAAGAUCAACAUGAGAUCGAAUAUAGGAUAUUAUCUGGGAAACCUUACGAUCUGAAUACUUACCGCGAUCCGAUGGAUCUCAGUCUUAACCACAAGAGGUAUGGACAUUGGCCUGACAGCCCUUAUCGAGAAUACGUUUUUAUUUCGCCGUCUGAGGAUGAUAAAUUUCUAUAUCAUGCUGCGAAAGAGCGUAUAUCACUGUGCUUUGGGAACCUUGGAGGGCUACCUACAGGUAUCCUGCUUUUUGACCCGAUACGCUAUCACAAUAUUUCCACUGGAACAUACCAAUUCCGUAGCGGCAACUACGAUUGGUCCGAGGAACUGGUGCCUUGUUUUCUUGAUCCAACUACUAUUCAAGGACAACUCCUAAAACAGUCCAAGAGACCUUCUUAUGCAAACCGAAAUAUGAUAUUUGAUCAUACCGAGACCUCCAAUAACGACCAUGACCUACGCCUUAAGAAAUUUUUAGAUAUCUUAGAAACCCUGGGUAAGGAAUCUAUUGACAAAAAUCCACAAUAUCUAGUCGAAAGGGCCCUUAUACAACUAGCCUGUAAAGACCUAAGGCAAAUUCUGGAGAAAGUUAGUUAUAUGCUUGACACGAUCGAGCUAUCCCUUCAUGAUGAUACCGUCCUACAAGAUUCCUUAUCCAUGUGGAGAUAUCAACUGGGCGCCUGUCGCAAUAUGCUAUUCCACGAAAAUAUAUCUUUACGUCGCUUACAAGGUAAUAUCAAAUCGAAAGUCGGAAAUAGAUCAAACCAAACAUCUUCUUCGAGCAGAACCAACCCCGGUAACCUUGGGUACCAAAAGGAUAUGAUUAAACUCUUGGAAGAACUCCGAGAACUCACCAUUGCCGUCGAAUACACGCACAAGCGUGUUGAGAGUGACUUUCAAGCGCUCAUGUCGAGUAUGAGCAUAGUUGAAAGCAGACGCGCCAUCUCCGAGACUGAAGUAGUUUCGAAACUAACACAACUGGCAUUCUUUUUUAUCCCGCUAAGUCUUGUGGCGGCGAUAUUCGGUAUGAACAUAAAUGAAUUCGAAAACAAACUGACAUGGUGGCACUGGCUGGCCGUAUCCGUCUCCUCCAGCUCUUUGACUUACAUCCUACUCUACUGGUCCAAAAUGACAAACCGCUUCCAACAACUUUCCAACCUAAUGAGCACUUUAAGCCUCAACCGCAUCAGAAAGAGCACGAUUCGGUGGAUGCUCGUGGCCGAAUCUAUAGUCAAGAAAUGGCCGGUUAUAUUCAAAUUACUAGUCCUACUCGUCUCUUUAGCCGCCGCGGCUAUCGCGACGUUUGUAGUGGCGAGUCGAGACACUUUCUCAAUCGUAGUGAGGGUUUUGAUCUGUACAGUUGCUUUUUGGACACCUGUAUUGGCUUUCGGCUACUGGUGGGUAUCUGUCAGCUUUUUUAAGCUUCCGUUAUUCUCCAGGCUUAUGAUGCGAGUUUCACUAUGA